AUGUCAGGCGCCAAAAAAGGAGUUGCAGUUAAUAUUUCUAGUCGUGAAAGCAGGGCUGUGUAUACACACUGCUAUGGACAUGCACUGAACCUUGCAGUUAGUGAUUCAGUAAAAGGUUCCAAAGUAAUGCGAGAUUCACUUGAUAGUGUUUAUGAAAUGUCGAAACUAAUUAAGUAUUCACAAAGAAGAGAUACCAAGCUGGAGGAACUUAAAACUGAGAUGAAUCCAGACAAACCCGGUUUCCAUGUAUUGUGCCCGACUAGAUGGACUGUUAGAGCUGCCAGUCUGUGUAGUGUCUUGGACAAUUACAGUGUGCUGCAGUCAUUAUGGGAGAUUUGCUAUGAAUUUGUUAAGGACUCGGAAACCCAUGCACGAAUUGUGGGCGUCCAGUCGCAGAUGUUUAGCUUUGACUUUUUGUUUGGUGUGUCGCUAGGAUAUGAAUUACAACAUAAGGAUAUGUCAGCGGCAGAGGGCCAGAGACUCGCGGAGCUCACAGUCACAACACUUAGUAAUCUACGACAAGAGGAGUCCUAUGACAAGUUUUGGGCCGAUGUGACAAAGAAAUUAGACCACCUCGAAGUCAACGAACCGUCACUACCACGACGACGCAAAAUGCCAGCAAGAUUUGACACCGGCAAUGCCCCAUGUGAAUAUCAGGAAACAGUAAAAUAUCUUUACCGCCUGAAAUACUACGAAGCUCUGGACCUUGCAAUCAACUGCAUCCGAGACAGGUUCGCCCAACCAGGUUACAAGAUUUCCCGCCACUUGGAGGAUAUGCUGCUGAAAUGCGUCACCGAGGAUCCAAUAUACAGUAACGAUAUGGACUGUGUAGUUGACUUCUACAAAGAUGACAUUGACAAGACAACUCUUCACACUCAACUGGACUGUUUUAAGGUCCUCAUAAAGCAAUCGGUAGACAAUGUCAACACUCUGACAAUAUCGCAGAUCGUGGACGUCAUCCGUGAGAGGAAGCCAGCAUCCCGUACCAUGUUCUGUGAUAUUGUGACUGUGCUGAAGUUAAUUUCAGUAAUGCCAGCAACAAACGCCAUAAGCGAAAGAUCAUUGUCUGCUUUGCGCAGGGUCAAAACCUACCUCCGUUCCAGCAUGACGCAAGAACGAUUAAACCAUGUGAUGUUGCUUCAUGUACACAGAGACGCCACUGACAAUAUGGAUUUAGGUCAGGUUGCAAACACGUUUACAAGUUGUAAAGAAUCUCGACUGGCAAAUUUCGGCAAAUUCUAG